UCCAGCUUAUACAGAAUUUGAGCUAAUCGCCCUCAAUGACUGACAUUUGAUAGUCUCAUAAUCGGUUUAGGUUUUGAUGAAUUCCGCAAUGUCUUUCCUCUCCUGUUUUGGAUCAUUACCAUGCUAUGAACUUGUGGCUGAUACAAAUUGUUUGCUCAAUCAUUGCGUCUUUAUUGUUGAAUCUUACGGCUCUCUAAUAUUUUUCCAUAGCUUUAAUCUUAAGGACUACUAUUCACUACUGUUGUGUAUGAUCCAACUUAUUGGUUGUUUUCUUUACUGCUUUCACAGUUGAUACUCCAAAUAGAAGAUCUAUGUAGUCAUUCGGCUAUAAGCCACUGAAGCUUUAUCACAAGGCAAAAGCAUUAGAGUCGCAUUCUUUAUCAGCAUCAUAAUUUUGCUCUUUAUUGUUACUAGAAGUUAUUGAUAAUCAACAUGAAGAUAUCGAUUAGACUUAUAAAAAAGGAAGAUGAUAUAUAUAUAUAUAUAUAUAGACUACAGUCUACAGUCAGUCACUAGCUACAUCAUCACCAUGAACUAUUGCUAACAAAUUUUAUAAACCACAUUGAUCUAGCCAUAUUAAAUUAAACGCAUGCGUCUUGCUUACUGUAGGCUUUUGCCCCAUAGGAUACAAAUUCCAAUUAGUUAGAAAAGUAUAUAUACUUGGCGUUUAUAAACACCCUAGGUUUAUGUUUUCUAAUAAUCUUUUCACCAUAAAAAUGACACAGGAGUUAGAAUCUAUACCAAGUUUUUUUUUUUUUUGGCUAAAAUAUUAAUCUAUACCAAGUUAUGGAAUAUAAUAUCAUAUCUCUACAUUCCCAAGCCCAUUUUGAUAUAUAACUCUUAUAAUACCUGGCCAGCCCUUAGCUUUUUAAUUCGUAAAUGCAUAUCAAGUUAUGCAUAAUUAACUUAAAUAUGUACAUACACAACCAUAGGAAAACAUCAGAUUUUCAUGAUCGCUGCAAAGGAAAAGUUGGAUAGGCCAUGCACAGUAUAGCAUAACAUUUUCACGAUCAUAUAAAAGAUUUUUUUUUGGGUAAAAUAUUUAGGAAGAAUUGAUAAUUACUGAAAGGCAGGUUGACAAUUUUUGAAACACAUGUGUUAUUGCAGGUAUAUAAGCAAUCCCGAGGGAGAAUAAAAUUUCUUCUACACUGUCGUCAGUUUGUACAAAACAUAAAUUUGCCACAUUAGAGAAAAAUUAGGUUGUAAUUCUAAUACCUGGAUUUUUUUUUAAAUAAAAGAAUUUUACUUUUUAAUGGGUUAAUUAAAUUAGUAUUUCUAGUAUACUACUAGUUUGCAUUAAACUUUUUUUUCUAAAGUUAUAUGUUGCGUAUUCAUGACCGCAAGCUAGUUUUUAUUAUAUUCUGCACAUAUAAAAACAAACAAAAUGACAUAUUCACAAAACUAUUCACCAAGUUGCAUCAUUGACCUCUCAUACCUCCAACUUUACCUUCCAUAUAUAAUCAGCACAUGAAGAUACAUUAAUAUCUUAUAUAUGUGUGUGUUGUUUCAAAUGAGACCAUGUAUAUAAUGUGGUUUCUAGAGAUUCAGAGUCGCAACUCAAAAGGAUUUAAUUAAAUUACACGAAAAAUAAUGCGAGGGACAAAGUAGUACUAGUCUAGUUUUAGUAGAUCAUAUGUGUGAGGAGGACCCAUAUAUAUUCACUCUCACUUCUCUCUCUUUUAUAACACCACCUUUCUUAUUUUAUACUCCGAGAUGUAACCUCUACGUUGGCGGAUAUAUAUAUACAUCAACACCCAUUCUAAUUAGUUACUUUAAUCUUUUGAUGGUUAAGAAUUGUCAAGCUUUCUUUUCAUAAGAUGUUGAUACUACAUCGAAAGUAAGAGAUGACCUCAAUUGAUAUAUAAACAAUAUGAAUGGUCAGUUAUAUUUAAUGUCAUUUUACUUUAAAAGAAAGUCGAUGAAUUAAUGAAAUAAGAAAACUUGACAACGUAUUCCAAGAUUCAUUGGUGAAUUAAUAAACAAAUCAUCAUAGUUUUCGAGAAUUUUGAUACUUAUUUUUUUUAUCGAUGAAUCCUCUAUUUUCGAACCCUAAUUCAUUCUAUUAGUCACAAUAAUUAGAAUUUUAAAAGUGAAGAAAUUAGCUUGGUGAUAAAGCCUAGAUGCUUCACUUUAGUAAAUUACUAAAUCCCACCACUAACCCUCAUCAUAACUUGGCACAAAAUAAUAAUCUUAGGGAUCUUAAAAGCAUUCGGUUAAAGUUUCUUUAAGGUGAAUUUUGCUGUCUAACUUAUCUUCAAAAAUCAACAGCGUUCUGAGAGCCUGAGAGCUUCAGCUCAAACUACUAGCCUGAUAAAUACAGUAAUUCUUAUCAAAGAUUUUUUGAUAAUUAAUUCGAUUUUAGACUAAAACUAUUUGGUGAUAAAAAUGGUGCGAGAACUAAAUAAGACGAAGGGACUGUUACAAAUGUCACAAUCGGUUGUCACUUCCAAUAAUAUAUAUACACACAAGUAACUGUUGGUAUGAUACUAACCCUAGCUAUAGCUUCAAAACUCUUUGGACCCCCUCAUCGUUUUCUUGCCAUUACCAAAGCUUUGAUUUUAUUUAUAAAAUCUAUUAAAACUUGACUUGAGUUCACAUGAUAUCUCUUGACUCUUACCGAUUUCCUGUCUCUACCUAGCUACUUUGAGGUCUCAAGAGUUUACUCUUGUUCACAUAUAUAUUAUUUUGAUGGGUUUAUUUGCCAAAUAACCAAAAGAAUUAGAAAAUUAGAUUUUGGGAAAGAGAGUAGAAAGAGAUAGGAAUAGAAAAUAAGAAAGAGGGUGAGAUUUUGGUUAUUUAGUGAAUUAUAGUUUUUUUAGUAUUUUGGAGCCUAAUUUUCCUAUUUUGAUUAAUUCAACUGAAGGCUAUUUUGUUAUUACAAAGAAAUGAAUAUUUAAAUCAACUAUUAAUUUUACGAUGUAAAAAUCUUACUAGAAGAAUACAAUAUUGACCAUACGAAUUCGAAUGGCUUAAGACUGAUCGUUUAUUCUACCGGAACGUUCAUAUUCUAAUGAACAUGUUUGCUGAUCCCUAGCAGCGAGAUAUCAAACAAAAUUUUACAUUGUAAGUUUAGACAAAAAAUGUUUAAUAUAUAAAAUAUGUGUAAUUUUAAUUAGUACAAAAGUUUUUGUAAAUGAGUUCAAAAGUAAAUCUAUGCAGAUUUAUUUUUUAAGUCCAAAAUGGACAAUAUCGUACUGAUAAUAGAAAAUUAGACUUAGGUUAAAGAAAACCCAACAACAAAUCAAGAAUUGGUGUGAUCAUAUUCUACAGUGGAGGUUUAAUGGAGAUGUUUAGGGUUUCUUAAGGUUCCGAAUCAUAUUUUGGUCAUCACUGAUGACUCUUCAGCGUAACAGGUAUAUAUAUACACAAAGAUUAUUGAUUAGUUAGCUUAGGGUUGAUCUUCUGACUGUUAGGGAAUAUUGUUAUCAUUAAAUGCAUGAAGAAAAUAUACAAAAGCUAAAGUUAAACAAAUUAAUUUAUUGGGAGACAAAAGUGAGCACCGUGAAUGACAUUACUAUUAUUCUUCAGAUGAAAUGUCACAGUCAUUCUUUGAGGGACAUACUCCUCAUCUCUUCUUGUUUAUUAAUUGUUCAUUUGUUAUUAUUAUACUUUGUCUUUUGCUCUUUCUCCUCCACUCAAAUUUGCUCUUUCAUUUCCCAUUUUUAUUUGUUUGUUUGGUUUAUUUAAAUUCUCAGCUUCUAUACAAAUCUUUCUCAGUUCUUCUUGAAAUUAGGGUUCCUCUUUCUUUAAGAGGCCUAAAACCCUAAUAUAUCCUUCUCAUUGACUAAAGAGUUAAGCCUACUCUAUCUACUUUGGAAGCAAAUUUCAAAGGUAAGAAAAAACCCUUGAAAGAGGAAGAAAGAUACACUUAAUCGUCAAAGAGCUUAAAGGUUUAAAGGCAGGUAUAAAAAUUCAAAAAGAAAUGGCUUCCUCAUCAUCAAAUACGUACAACUCACCAUGCGCGGCGUGCAAGUUUCUUCGCCGUAAAUGCAUGCCGGGAUGCAUAUUCGCGCCAUAUUUCCCACCGGAGGAGCCACACAAAUUCGCCAACGUCCACAAAAUCUUCGGAGCAAGCAAUGUCACUAAGCUCCUCAACGAGCUACUCCCUCACCAGCGUGAAGACGCAGUCAACUCCUUAGCCUACGAGGCCGAGGCACGAGUCCGUGAUCCUGUCUAUGGCUGUGUCGAAGCCAUCUCUUAUCUCCAGAGACAAGUUCACAGGCUUCAGAAGGAGCUUGACGCGGCUAAUGCUGACUUGGUUCAAUACGGUCUGUCCACGUCAACACCUGGUAACGUCGUCGACUUGGUGUUUCAGCCUCAGCCAUUUCCGCCGCAGCCGUUGAAUCCGGUUUAUAGGCUUUCCGGGGCGAGCCCGGUGAUGACUCAGCAGCCACGUGGUACCGGAGGGUCGUAUGGGACUUUCCUUCCUUGGAACAAUGGUCAUGAUCAGCAAGGAGGUAAUAUGUGAGAGUAUAUAAAUUAUGUGUGUGUUCCAUCUAUUCAUCUCUCUCUUUAUAUUAUGUGUGUGUGUGUGGUAAGACUACAAUAUAAUAAGCUGGAAUUUUUUUUGGGAUAUCUAAGAGCUAAUUCUAGACUAUCUUUUCUCUUAAAAAAACGGGUAAUAAGAAACUAGCCAAUUAAUUUAUAAAUGCAUGGACAAUUCUUAUUUA